AUUAAAAUAUACAAGUUACAUAAAUAAUUAACUACGAAAGUUGAAAUCUUGAAAGUUAUCGAAAACCUUAAUUUUUAAGAAAAUGACUCGAGAUACGUUGUCAAACGACACCACCAGUAAAGCUCAAGCUCUCGAUGAUUAUGUUUUAUUAGGACGUAGUGGAUUAAGAGUUUCUCCAUUAUGUCUUGGAACUUUGACUUUUGGAGAACAAUGGGGAUAUGGCGUUAAUAAAGAGGAAUCGAAAAAAGUUUUUGAUCUUUAUUAUGAAAAGGGUGGAAAUUUUUUUGACACCUCUUGUAAUUACAAUUUGGGUGAAAGUGAACGUUUCCUCGGAGAUUAUGUUUCCGAUAAACGGUCCGAUGUUGUGAUUGCAACAAAAUAUUCGGGUAAUGUAACUGCUGUACAAAAAGAUAGGAGAUUUAAUCCGAAUAGCGGAGGAAAUCAUCGAAAGAGUCUUGUAGAAAAUUUAGAUGGAAGUUUGAAACGGUUAAAUAUAAGUUAUGUUGAUAUUUUACAUAUCCAUUUCUACGAGUAUCGAACUCCAAUUGAAGAAUUUAUGAGAUCAUUGGAUGACGUAGUUCGAUGUGGAAAAGUUUUAUAUGUUGCUGUAAGCGAUAUUCCAUCUUGGGGACUCGCUCGAGCUAAUACUAUUGCUGAAUUACGUGGGUGGAGCCCUUUCAUUGGACUUCAAACUCGUUAUAAUUUGUUGGAUCGAUCGUUAGAAUUUGACUUACAACCUGCUUGUGCUGAACUUGAUGUUGGAAUUCUUCCAUGGGGUAUCGUUGCCGAAGGUUUUCUUACCGGAAAAUAUACGAGAGAAUCAGCUGCUGCUUUAAAACCAGAAGCUCGCGGUUUUUCAGUUGCAAUACAUUCAAAAAUUGAAAAAAAUUGGAAAAUUUUAGAAGAAGUUACUACCAUUUCAAAAGAGAUUGAUAGAACUCCUGUUCAGGUUGCUUUAAAUUGGGUUCAACAAAAACCUGGUAUUACUUCUCCUAUAAUUGGUGCUAGAACUGUCACUCAGCUUGAAGAAAAUCUUAAAACACUUGAAUUUAAAUUGACACCUGAACAAAUGAAACGACUUGAUGAAGUAUCUAAACCAGCUGAAAUUCCAUUUCCUCACUCGUAUACUUACAUUUUUGAUAGACAUCUCGGAAAAAACAUUGAAGUUCCAAAAAAAUUUGAACCUGUUGCGAGUGCAUACAAUUUUGGAAGAAUAAACAAUAAUUAAUGAAUCGAUUACGAC